CUUUAUUAUAAACAUUCCAUGAUAUAAGUUAUAAAAUUAAUCGCGAAAAAAUAUAUCUAUUUUUUAUACAAAUUGUAGAUAAAAUAUUGUUUGUAGAUAUAAUAUAUAUUAUAUACAUAAGUAAAAAUUAUUGUGUAACAUAAAUACCUGAAUCAUAUAAAUUGAUAAUUAGUGACUAAUAAGAACUGUAAAUAUAUAAAGUCAGUGAUUUUCCUUCAAGGAAGAUUAGUAACUAGUGUGCAGAAUAAAGAUUUUACGUUUUAUCUAUCAAGAAAUUAGAAAUAUUUUUUCUACAAAAAUAGGUUUUUUAAAAAUGGUCACUGGACGAGCACUUCAUUUUGUAUUUAAAAUACCAGAUCGAAAAUUAACAAUUAAAUUUUAUCGAGAAAUUCUUGGAAUGAAGGUAUUACGACAUGAGGAAUUUGCUGAAGGCUGCGAAGCGGCUUGCAAUGGGCCAUAUGGAAAUAGAUGGAGCAAAACUAUGAUAGGAUAUGGAACAGAAGAUACUCAUUUUGUAAUAGAAUUAACUUAUAAUUAUGGGAUUAAGGAAUAUAAAAUGGGAAAUGAUUUUAAUGGAAUAACAAUUCGAUCUAAAGAAGUAUUACAAAGGGCACAUUCAGAUGGAUGGCCAAUAAAAGAAGAAAAUGGAAUAUUUGUUUUACAAGCACCUGGUGGUUACAAAUAUUAUGUUAUUGAUGAAUCACAACCCAAAAAUAAAGAUCCUAUUGAAAAAAUAACUUUGUUUAGUUCAAAUCUUCAAAAAACUAUUGCUUAUUGGAAAAAUAUUUUAGAAUUAAAAAUAUUUAAUCAAACUGAGAAAAGUGUACUGUUAGGAUAUGAUGAAGAUCAAGCAAAAAUUGAAUUUAUAGAUAUUGGUACUGAAAUUAAUCAUGCUGCAGCUUAUGGACGCAUAGCAUUUUCAAUUCCUUAUGCAGAACAACCAGAAAUUCAAAAAAAAAUUAAAGAUAAUGGAUAUAAAAUAUUAACUGAUUUAAUCACUUUAGAUACUCCAGGAAAAACUUCUGUAAGAGUAAUUAUUCUUGCUGAUCCAGAUGGUCAUGAAAUUUGCUUUGUAGAUGAUGAAGCAUUUCGACAAUUAUCAGUUCCAGACUAUGCUAGCGAAGCAAUUUUAAAUAGAUAUAUUGCAAAAGAAAAAUAAAAAAUUAAAUUAUUUUCUAAAAAAUAUUUUUCUUGGAAAAGCAUUUCAGUAUUUUUACAAAUUUGAAAGGCUGUGUUAAUACUAUUUUAUUAUUUUAAAAAAACACUAUAUAAUUAUUAAUAAUAAAAAUGAAUAUAUCAGCAUGAAUUUUAAAUAUUUACUCAUACUUUAUUAUUAAUGAAUUAUUAAUAUAUUACUAUAUUAUUACUAUUAUUAUUUUAUUGUUAUUAAUUAUUAAAUAUGAACGAAUUUAUAUAUAUAUUUAUAUAAUGAAUAAAAUAUAUAUUUCAUAAUUUAAUAUUUCUAUAAAGAAUAUUCUGGUGAAGGUUGUUAUUAAGAAUAAAUAAAAAUUUAUUAAAAAAA